UCCUUAACCCUAUUUUUAAUGUUUACAUAUUUCAAAUACGAUUUAAAGGGAAAUAAUUUAUAAAAUUGUUGUUUAUAUCAAACCAGAGAAUAGUAUCAAACGAAAUAGAGCACUAGUUUAACAGGCACCAAAUAUAACCUUAUAAAUCAAGCUCAAAAUGGAUCCAGACGAAUCUACUCCCAGAAAAUCGAAAAAACCUAAAUCAAAAAGACCGAAACCUGCACCUUCAGACGACGGAUCUUCAUCCAACGAAUUAGUGAUAGUUGAUGAAUCUUGUCCGAUUAAAGCUCAACCGAAAUUGCCUCUAAAUAAAAUGCCGGUAACCACUCCAACCACUAGUACGAAUAAUAAGAAAAGAAAGAAAAGGGACAGCGCUUCUAGUGAUGAAGAACGUUGGCUCACGGCUAUCGAAUCGGGAAAACUGGAAGAUGUAGAUGAUGAGCUUAAGAAAAUCAAAUCGAAAGACCCCGCCUUGAUGACGGCCAGGCAAAGGGCUAUGUACGAUCGGGGUACAGAGGGUAACCCUUCAACACCUACUUUGAUGUCUUUACCAACAGGAUACAAGGAAAAAGUAAUGACAGCUGAAGCUAUUCAAAAGGCAGCAAUUAAGUCACUUAAAAGAAAACAGUUAGCUGACGAAAAAAGGGAAAAAGACAAGAAAAAAACGAUGGAACGCUUGCUGAAAAAGCAAGAUUCCAAAGCCGGGAAACAAACCAAACAAAAAACAACAAGAACAAACGCUCCUUUAAUUAUUUACAGACAGAACAACGAUAUUACAAUGCUGUCUUUGCCUGAGGGUGUAGACUUUCCUUUAAAGGCUAGUAUAGCUCCAGAACCUAAAAAACCAGAACUCUGUGGAAUGAAUUGUGGAAACUUUAAAAAGUAUAAUUGUUCAAGGACUGGUGUUCCAUUGUGUAGUUUAGAGUGUUACAAAAAUAAUAUUUCUAAUAGAAUCUUAUAAUAAAGUUAAGUGAUAUAGUAGGUUCCUGUUAAGUUCUAAGUUCUCUACACACUGUUGUAGGACCCUGUAUAUAAGAACUUAUAAAAUUGAUAAAAUUCUAAGUGUUGACUUACACAGUAAGUUAAUAUGACAGGAAUUUUAACAAAUAAUAUUUUUUUUUAAGAACUGAUUGUAAAUGUACAUAAAAUAUUUGUGAUUUUGUAUAUACCUAAAUAGAGAUAAGCCUUAA